AUGAAAAGCAUCUGUACGGAUAUUACGGUGUGCUCAUCUGAACUCACUGAUGUGGAGAUUACAAGCGAAGGUCGAGCGUACGCCCGUUUGGUGUUCCGGUAUUCUGCGUACUGUAACGUCGACUACAGCCGAUUUCCCGAGGAUGAAAACCAUUGCUGCAUCUUUUUCACGGCCUUUGAAACGGAUCGUGAAGUAAAGUUUGAUGUUGUUUCGGACCACACCAAAAAGAUAAAUCGGCCGGUUGCUGUUCAGAACCUCUAUGAUCGAGUAAAAGGGCUGUCUACACUAGCCGAUGAACAUUCGGCCUGGAUUGUUGAUGAACACACUGUCGAAGUCACGCAUCUGGCUGGUAUACAGUCUCUUGAGGUAUUGAAAGUGUGCGUACAUGCCGAGAAAAAGAUGAGUACGAUACGGAUGGCGCUGAAGAUUCCCAUAACUAUUGCGACACUUAUUAUGCUGGUAUCACCGCUGUUCGGCGAUCUGCGCACACAAGUCUACAUAAAAUUGUUUAUACUCUCUUUACAAACAAUUUGCUUCAUCUACCUCUGCUCGAUUUCGCCACCAAACGGUUUCGCUGGUAUGAGACCGAAAUUAUGUGAGUUUUAC